UACACACUGUAUGUCACACUUAUGGCCGUUUGCAUUCGCUAAAUACCAAAAUACGCGCUUUAUGAGCUUUUAAUGAUGCUGUUGGCGUUACACUGACACACCUCUAUGGGAUAUGUCGAGCGAGGGAUUGGAUAUUUUCUCAACGUCAGGCUUAAGACCAUGAGUGAUCAGCAGGAUCAGACAGAAGAUGUCGGGCUCGUAACAGCUCACAAUCAGUCAGAGCUUUCCAAGGACGAUGACACGCACAGCCCCACUCAUUUCAGGGUGCACCUAAUAGAUGACCUGUCAUAUGAGGAUCUCAAGAAAUGCUACCGUGGAUCUACCGUCAGCAAGUACAAUGCACAGUACCACAAGCUUUUCCAGAGUGUUCCCAAAGAUGAGCUGCUCAUUAAAGUGUACUCCUGUGCCCUACUGCGUGAUAUGCUACUGCAAGGCCGACUCUACAUCUCCAGAAACUGGCUGUGUUUUUACGCCAACCUCUUUGGUAAAGACAUCAAGGUGGCCAUUUCUGUAGCGUCUGUGCGGUUGGUGAAGAAACAUAAGACAGCGGGUCUUGUGCCUAAUGGUUUGGCUAUCACCACAGACAGCAGUCAGAAGUAUUUGUUUGUAUCUCUGCUGUCCAGAGACAGUGUCUAUGAAGUGUUGAGGCGCAUCUGCACACAUCUACAGGUCAAUGGCAAGAAGAUCCUCAGCCUCAAGCAGUACAUGGAGGAGCCCACUGCUUUAUCUCUGGAUGAGUUCCCUGUUCCUGAAGUGUUUCCAGUACCAGAAGAGUUUCCACCAGUGCUGAAGUGGAGGAGAAAGCCAUCAGUGGUGUCUGUGGCGUCCUCUCUUCCUGAUCUACUGGGAAACUCAACCAGCAGUCUGAGUGCUGUAGACACCCCAUUCCAAAGAGAUCAACCUCUGGAGGAACAAGGUCUGGAAACCAAGAAGAUCCUCCUCUCAGAGACGAUACCAGAGUUGGGCCAGAUGGAGUUCCAGCUACUGAAGUUCUUCAUCCUGCUCAUUAUCCUGCUCAUCCUGUCUUCAUGUUACCUGGCCUUCCGUGUCUGCAGCCUGGAGCAGCAGCUCUCUUUUCUAAGCAACAACCCUGGACUGACUCUCCGAAAGAGGUAACUGACGGUCACCUGCUGCAGUUCACAGGACAGUCUGCCCAGCGCUGGCUCUCUCUCUCUCUCUCUCUCUCUCUGGUCACCUUGCAACUA